GAAAGAACCAUCAGAAAGAAGAAAAUGUGCCUUCUUUCUACACCCUGUUCGAAAUAACUGCGGUUUCUCCCUUCGUGACUAGCGAUUGUGACAAGUCGGCUUCGUUUACAGUCAAAUUCGAAUUACUGUACGAAUUACAAAUUAAACAUCAAGAUGUUUUUGACUCGUUCUGAAUACGACAGAGGUGUUAACACCUUUUCUCCUGAAGGGCGUCUCUUCCAGGUAGAAUAUGCGAUUGAAGCCAUAAAAUUGGGUUCAACUGUGAUUGGCAUUUCAACAUCGGAGGGGGUAUUAUUAGCAUCUGAAAAGAGAAUAACAUCGACGCUUAUGGAGCCAACCACAGUGGAGAAAAUAUUCGAGGUUGACAGGCACAUCGGAUGUGCCUCGUCCGGAUUAAUGGCUGAUUCCAGGACGAUGGUUGAUCGGGCGAGAGCAGAAUGUCAGAACCAUUGGUUCAUUUACAACGAAAAAAUGACUGUCGAAUCAGCUACCCAAGCUGUGUCUAAUUUAGCUAUACAAUUCGGCGACAGCGAUGAUGACGGCAGUGCCAUGUCCAGACCUUUCGGAGUAGCUAUUCUGUUUGCGGGUAUUGAUGAAAAGGGACCUCAGCUUUUCCACAUGGAUCCUUCGGGUACUUUUGUACAAUUCGACGCCAAAGCUAUCGGUUCUGGUAGCGAAGGAGCUCAACAAUCGCUACAGGAAGUCUAUCACAAAUCCAUGACUUUGAAGGAAGCAACAAAGGCGGCUCUCACCAUACUAAAGCAAGUAAUGGAAGAAAAACUGAACGACACGAACAUCGAGGUGAUGACGAUGACUCCUGGUGCUCUGUUUCACAUGUUCACGAAGGAAGAAUUGCAGGAGGUGAUUAAAGACAUUGCUUAAGAAAAAAAGAAAAAAAACCAAGUUGCGCGAUUCCAACGAGAAUCGCGUUUAUGAAUUUUUACAAAAUAAAAUCAUUACUAUUAUUACGAAUAAAUUUGCCGAAAAAGGAGAAAA